AUGGGCGCUCCAACGUCCAGCCUCUCAGCGUAACCGAAAAAUAUACCAUCACCGGCAGUAUGCCACGGGCCCAGAGUAACCACAACGAGAUACCCGCCUGCUACCGCAUCUUCUUCACUUCCAUCGACCCUCUGAUCGCUCUGAGUGGCGCGUACAUGGACUAUUUCGACCCGGAAACUAUCCUGGCAUCUGCUUUUCCACGGUCUGGAUCCUAUGCGAAACCCACGCCGCCCGUCACAUUCCUGUUAAUGCAGGCCGGCGGAUCCUUCAUUAUGAUGGCGUUCCUCAUGGUCUUCAUGCUGCGCUAUACAAGUGACGUGAAGAUCUGGAAGAUGUUCCAGUUUGGAGUCCUUGUGACGGAUUUCACCCUGUUCUUCAGCCUGUUUGGUGCUCUGGAGGGGACAGGAAGGCUGAACGUGGGUGCGGUCAGGUGGGAGGAAUGGGGUACAAUUAUUAUUACCGGGUUUCUGACUCUGUUGAGGUUAGCAUUUCUAGGAGGAUUUGGAUUUGGUAAGACAGGUCGCAAUGGGGAGAAGAAGGAGUAGAUGG